AUCUUCGUUUCUGCAAACUGUGUUACGCAAGACCACCAGUAUUAACAUGUCAAGCUCCGAAAAAGUUGACGCAAAACAAGCGGAAGCACUUCCAAAGGAACCUCCUCUUGACAGUCCUAAGGUAGCGGAGCAUUGCCCGCGCAGCAGUGCACUUAAGAAGGCGGCUGCAAAGCCUAGAGGUUCACACAGGGCUUCAAGGAGAAGACGAGCCCGCCACAGAGCUCCUGGAGUGGACGUCGAUCAUGCAGGAACCAUCGAACCGGAAGCGACGCAACAGACUUCCAGUGCCAUUCUUCAAGUGACGUCGGCAACCAAAGAGCAGAGCCGUAAGACCGAUUCGCCAUCCCAACCAGAUCCCAGUCGCAGUCCAAGUAUUAGCCUCGUACUCCCUGACUAUCCCACGGCAACUAGCGUGGAACCCCGGGCGGAAUCAUCGGUAAGCCACGGGGACAAAUCGCCAGUUACUGAUCUAAUCUUGCUGCGCAACGCAUUCCAGCCUCGUUACUUCAAUAGUAGCCAUCUAACCUCGAUCACUAACAAAACUUUUCGAGCGGAUGAUUAUGCAGAAUCAUCGGUGAGCCCCACAAAACAGACACCUGGCUCCGAGGCACCCUCUCCAUGCAGAGAAUGCGAACCUCUUGAUUUCAAGGAUGUCCGCCGAAUCCCAGGCUGUUCCAGGGCGGCGUUUGUUGAUAAACACCAUGUUCCUGAUUCAACGUCUCCCAGUGUAUAUUGUGAUGCGGGAUGCGGCCGGCAACUUUCGAAACAGGGAAGUUCUCUCACCGAGUUGAUUAACGGUGACGUCGUGUCUAACCGUGUGGAGGCCAGCAGAGCAAACCCUCUUGAAAGGCCCCUACCUUCGAGAAGGACUUGUAGUGCUUCACGAAGAAGAAGCGUCUUCAUGGACAUUGGCAGCCCGGACGAGUCGAUGCUCUCGAAGUCAAAGUCAUUCCUGCCUUUCUGGAGGCUGGGAAGCUCCGAAGGUUACACCACCGAUUCUCCGCGAUGGCAGAAGCGAGGGAUACCUCCGGCGUCUCCAAGUCCUGCUACAACCGUCGACGACAGUCACUUGUCCAGGGCCAGUCGCACGACGCUGUUCACCGCCCUCUUGAUUCCGUGUGCGGUCUUUGGCAUCAUCGCACUACUGCUCAUGCGCGCGCACCCAAAGGGUCGUCACGCGAAGCAUGCGCUGUGGAUCGAGCAACUGGCCAACGCCUGCGUCACCGUGGAAUGCCAGAACGCCGUGUGGGAACUGAGAUCCUCCAUCGACGUGUUUGCUGACCCUUGCAAGGAUUUCUACGGCUUUGCGUGUGGCCGAUGGGCAAACGCGUCAUCUGCCGCUGGGGGCGACGCAAGGCGCCACAACUACAUGGCGAUUCAACGCCGUGCCUACGUCGCUGCAGUGAACGCCAGUUUGUUCAAGAUGAGCAGACCUGGUUCGUCGAGGCUGUUCGACAGCACCGCGCAGCACAUGGUGAGAGUCUACAGGUCCUGCCUGAAUUUCUUUGAGGAAGAAACGGUGAACUUACGCGAGACCCUGCGUGCGUCUGGAAUUCGCCUCCCAUUCUGGACCGCCGCCACGACCUUCGAAGAGCUCUUCGCAGUCGCUGUAAAGCACGCGCUGUUCUAUAACAUGACGACCGCUAUAGACAUACGCUGGGCACGUGAUCCCAGCAACGUUUCUUCUUCCGGAACUCUCGAGAUAUCUCCCGGUAUGUCAAUGGUGCAGCGCAUGGGAACUUCCUUACGGAGGUCUUUUAUCAACCGUGCCUUGCCCAUAAUCACGAACGGCUCCUCAACUGAGGAGAUCGAAGCGCUGGAAGGAAUCGACGACGCCUUGGAUGCGUCGUCGUCCACGUGUUCGGAAACAGAGGCCACCGAAAUGAGCUUGAGGGAACUGGACACUCCCAUAACGAACUGGUCGCGCAUUGUCGGCGAAUACGCGAGGCUGACCGGAGGGAACGAACCACCUUCAAGCGCACGCGUCAGCAAUCUGCCCGACGUCCGUGUCAUUCUUGAUCUGCUGGCGAAUUCCAGCCUGCCGGACCUCAAAAUGUACCUGAUGCUGGUUCCCAUGUCACAGUUUUUCGUGCUUGAGAACGACGUCGAGCACCAGAAUGUUGUGCUUGUCGACAACGCUGGCGAAAAUGUUGCGAAGUACGAGACAUGCGUGCGCGUGCUGGAGCUGCUUUUCGGGGAUCGCUACCGACUGUGGGUCUCUACGCACGUGCACAGGCCUGGCACUGCCGCUGACGUGCACCGCAUUAGGGAGGAUGUUAUGCAAGCGACACGCACCCUAAUCCAGUCUCUGAGGAACAUUCCUACGGAAUACUAUAAUAUGUCAGCGCCGCCUACUGGAUAUGGAGCGAGUUACCCAGGUUCCACGAUUCCUGCGUCGCAGCAAUCGGGCGAGCUCGCUGCCUUGCCGUCAGGGUACAGCGACGACUUCGUGUCGAACGUGAUAUUCUUCUCGCAGAAGUCGUCGUACGGAAGUAGAAGCAGAUGCGAGCCGUUUAUAACCCGCGAGUCUCUCAUCAUGAAGUGGACCGACCGGGAGACCUUCAUCCGGCUCUUGGUUCCCGACUUUUACCAUCCCGAGGCCACGGAAGUGGCCGUGAACUACGCGACCGUGGGCUACUUCCUCGGCGAGCACACCCUCCAAGCGGAGCUGCCGAAGAACUGGAACGCGUCAGAGUACGGCUCGUGCAUGGCGAGGUACGCACUCGCCCGCCUGAGCACCGUGCCACCCCAGAAGCAGUGGCGGCAACUGAUCGAACGACGAUGGGCAGCCGAGGCGGCGCUGCGAGCGGCAGUGACUCGCCACGCUCCAUUUCACGUCAGCGGUGUUCUCGUGAGACUGUUUUUUCUUCGACUGCAGCACACGUGCUGUGCUCUGGCGGACAUAGACGACGCUAGCGAUAGCGGAGAACUGCAGACGACGUGCAACCUGGUCGCCAUGACAGUUCCGCGCUUCGCCGACGCGUUUGGGUGCCAGAACUUGCCCGAAAUGAAUUGCUAGACUCCUGACUUUUUUUAUUGCUACGAUAUUGAUUUAUCUUCUUUACAUAUGAUUUGGAGUGCCUGUUUUCCUACCCUACCUGCUCGUGUUCGUCUUUCAUGUUAUUGCUUCUAUAUGAGUGUGCUUGAUUCUAUGUUUGAGGAUAUUACAUUUUCUGUAGAAACGUGAACCAAUCAGCGCUGA